UAAAGGCGUGCAUGCACAGAUGUAACCGAUAGGCGGUACUGUGCCAUUCCUCGGGACGCGCUGUCCGUCUCCAGCCCUGAGGACAUCACCGUAUCUCUGCGUGGCUUUCCUCCUAAUUGACCUAAAUCCAGUUUCUCUGCUGUCCCUAACGGCGGACUAUCACACAGCCUGCGAGAUAAGCUACGAGGAAACAACGCUGUGGAGCUUUUUCACCCUCUCUCUCUUUCUCUCUCUCUCUCUCGGAGUAGUUAAUACCUCUGCCUUUCUGUCCUCAGAUCAACCCCAACGUGAGUUUUGCGCCUGGAUCUCCAACAACGGGACCUCUUGGAGUGCGUCGCGAUGAUUUACGUCGAGCAGAAAGAACUGACGUCUCUCCCAGGAAGGAUUUUAUAAUAUUCUCAUCCGUGGGAAUUUUUUUUUUUUUUAAGGCGCAAAACCCAGCUGGCUCCAUAAGCGCAAAAGUCGUAAUGUUAGACUGUAAGGCGCCGAGAUUGCAACUCGGUGCUCCGUCUUUUUACAUCGAGAAUCUGCUGCGGACAUCCGGCGCGGAUUCCUCGGCCGGAGAGAGCGUGGAGACCUCCGGGUUCAAAGUUUGGGGGGCUGCGCCCUUCCCGAUGGUCAGUAGGGUGCUGGAAACGGGACAGCCGCUUCAAAAAACUGGAGAUAUUUAUGGGUCCAGCAUCACAGAUAAAUGGGGGGUGCAUGCAACACAGAGACGAGGGGAUUACCAAGUUUUACCAGAGUCAGCGGAGGAGAGCGACGAAUCAGAGGAGAAGAGAGACGAUAGUUUAACAAAUGACAAAGAGGAAGAAACUGUGCAGUCUCCCUGCAUCCUCGGGGAAGAUAACUGUGAUACAGGUGAAGUCAAAAUGCUGCGGAAGAAGAAGACGCGCACCGUGUUCAGCCGUACCCAGGUCUUCCAGCUGGAGUCCACCUUCGACCUGAAGCGCUACCUGAGCAGCACAGAGCGAGCCGGGCUGGCCGCCUCGCUGCAGAUCACGGAGACGCAGGUCAAGAUCUGGUUUCAAAACCGCAGGAACAAGUGGAAACGCCAGAUCACCGCCGACAUAGAAAGCGGUGGAGCCAUCAUACCUUACGCCGCCCACUGGGUCGUCAGAGUUCCUGUGGUGUACCGAGAGGACAUUGGCACGCCUCUGACUCUGGGCGGCCUGCCUCAGGUGUCGCCGCCACUUAUUGGGGUCUCAGAUCCCACCUGUCCACUGAUUGGACAUCUCACCCACCCAUUGAUGUUUAUGUCACCACCGAUGACAGGACUGGUAUGAUGUAGGGAGCUUUGGAAGUAAAGAGACGCUAUUAGCAAUUCUAACACACUAACUUAGACGCCUUGAUGUUUUUUAACUAUUUGUCUUGGAAAAAGGCGAAAGGAGUCUGGUUCUCAGCCCAGGGCAGCAUUCCGUCAUGGGGCGGCACCAGUGGUUCAAAAACCAAUUCUGUCAUUUACACCUCAACUGAGUUUUCUGUUGGAUAUUUUUGUGUCCUGUUAAGGCUUACUCGGUGUUGAGAACCGUGUAAGCAGAUAUCCAGGACUAAAGUAAAUUUAUAAAGCUGCUGAAUAUCGACAUUCUCCAUUUUCGUAAGGAAUCUGGAAUCUUUGAAUCAUCUUAACUAUAAGAUAAAUAUAUAUAUUUAACUGGAAUAAUCUCUAGUGAACAGGGAUUCUUUUUCUUUUAUGGUCAGUAUUAUCACAUACAUUUUCUAACGGCAACUCUCAGCAGGAUUAUGCCUCCUUCUCAAACUUAAUCUCAAACUGGCUUCUUCAAGAUUAUAAUAAAUUCACCGUAUUACUAUGGCUUUCACAGUCUUAAGAUCUUAAUCCGAUAGAAAAACUUUAGGAAAAAGAUUUAUGUUGUGGAUGUGCAGCACUCUGACAAUUAUCUAAGCUGGCUGGUGAAUACUGUAAUGUGAAAAGUAGUUUCUUUUAUUAUUAUUCACACUUCAGAUCAUGAUGGGUUUUUUUAUAUCAGACAGGGACGACCUGAUGAAAAUACAUUAUGGACUUUUUCAAUGACGGUUUCAUUUAUUAAAAGGGUCAAAACUUACUCAGAUCAACCUGGGAAAACAUUAUUGUCCACUUUAAAUAAUAAAUCAACUAUGAUGAACAACAGUUUUGGAAGCUGAUUUCCAUUUUACCAGCCACAUUCGCUUGAUUGAAUAUUUAAUUUAGGCUAGAGCAUCUAAAAAAGCAGCAAUUUGUGGCCUGAUCUGAAGAAAUUCAAGGACAGUUUAGCAGAAAAGUCAUUUAUAUUUGUCAGUCUGGGGAGGUUUUCAAAGGGAUUUUAAUGGGUUUAGAGCUACAGUGAACCACAUUGACACAAAGAGCUGCCAGCUCCAACCAAAAAUACACAUCAACAAUUCAUCCAAGCUGCUCCUUACUGGAAAAAUCAUGACUAAAGCUAUCGGGACCCAAGACAUGGGACAUGUAAGAGGACAGUGAUCCAGAGCACACCAUCAAUCUCACCUCUGACUGUCUAAGAAAAAAGAAAAAGGGAAAGUUUUGUAGUGUCCUAGUCCAAGUCUGGACUAGGUCGCAAGCUACAACUUGAACCUAUUUGAGUUGGCAUGAUCAUAAACAGGUUGUUUGUGCUUAAAAAAAAACAAUAAUUGUGGCUAAUUACCAACAAUUCUGUGAAAAACGUGGACUAAAACACAAUGAAAGCUAUUUUAUUGCCUCUUUAGGGACAGUUACUGUUUCCUUAUUAAAUGCUAUCAUCAUUUCAAAAUGGCAAUUUUCUAGUUGUUCUGCUUUCACAAGUAAGGCAAAAAUAAAUAAACUGGGAAAUUAUUUUUCAUAGUGUAUUUGGAGGCUAGUUUAAAUCACACAAAUCGUCCGGCAAAUUCCUUCAUCGCUUAAAAUGUUUACUAUGUAAUCACUAUAAAUCAAUCAGUUACAAAAACACAUUUUAUUAUUUGUGAGUUUUCAUGCCGUUAGAAUCACGACAAUAAUUGGAAGCACGACUCACACCUACUAUUAUGUAUUUUGUUAUGUAAGAGAAUUUUCAUACAGACCUUUGUACACUUUUUGAGUCACAAAUGUGAAUAAAAUGUAUGCACCAA